ACCCGAGCACGGUUCCUAUAAAACCAUGGCUCGUCUUGGAGUCCAGAGGUGCAAGGCUCAACUGCAGCUAGCUUCUAGAACUUGGCCCAUUGAAGCCUUGCUUGCUUUUCUUUUCGUCCCGACCUUCUCCAAAGCCAUACAUGUGACACAACCUUCGGUGGUAUUGGCCAACAGCCACGGUGUUGCCAGCUUUCUAUGUGAAUAUACAUCUUCACACAACACUGAUGAGGUCCGAGUGACAGUGCUGCGGCAGGCAAGCAGUCAGAUGACGGAGGUCUGUGCCACGACAUUCACAGUGAAGAAUAAUUUGGGCUUCCUAGAUGAUCCCUUCUGUAGUGGUACCUUCAAUGAAAGCAAAGUGAACCUCACCAUCCAAGGACUGAGAGCUGCUGACACCGGACUGUACUUCUGCAAGGUGGAACUCAUGUAUCCACCACCAUACUUUGUGGGCAUGGGCAACGGGACCCAGAUUUAUGUUAUUGAACCAGAACCAUGCCCAGAUUCUGACAUCCUCCUUUGGAUCCUUGCUGCGGUUAGUUCAGGGCUGUUUUUUUACAGUUUCCUGAUCACUGCUGUUUCUUUGAGCAAAAUGCUAAAGAAAAGAAGUCCCCUUACAACAGGGGUCUAUGUGAAAAUGCCCCCGACAGAGCCAGAAUGUGAAAAGCAAUUUCAGCCAUAUUUUAUUCCCAUUAACUAAAAGACCAUUGCCAAAGCUGAGGCAAUUUCGACUUUCUUUUGCUCUCCAGCUAUUUUUACUCAUUUGUUUAUUUUAAGGAGAGUGUGCAUCUCCUUAAUAGGAAGCUGGAUGCAAAAUAUUCAAAUUAAGUAUACUACAAUUGAAAGAGAAGGACCAAGAGCAGAGAACUGGAAUACUUCUGUUAUGUCAGAACAAUGUUAGUGAAAGCAAUCACUUGGAAGCAGCAUAAGGAUGUAGCAUUAUGAUGUGGGGUCAGGGAAACAUUAGGGAAUGCAACAGUCCAAAGAAAGGAAGGGGAUGAAGGAGGGGGUUAUAUUGUCCACACCUGUAUUUACCUGUGAAAUGUUUAUGACUUAAAUAAUUUCUAAAUUUCCGUGCUUUUAUUUCCUUUAACAAAUGUUUAGUUACAUGAAGAUUUAGAAAUGUAUUCACAUAGCUGUGUGAUAGCCAGUGAUUCCAAUCGUUAUAUUGUUCCAACAUGUAUUUUCAACUGAUAUUGUACAUGGGUGUUUCAUGUGCUGUUAUGUAUUUGCUGGUGGUUUGGAUAUAAACACUAUAUAUCAGUGUCUUACUACAGUGGGUUCUGGGGAAGUUUUGUUGGGGAGCUCAGGACACUACUCCAUCAGGCAGGACACAAGGUCCUAUGUUAACUUGCUUGGAAACUGGAUGAGGCUGCAGUUCAGGGCUCAGUUGUGCUAAACUGGGUUUUUACACUCAGGUUUUUUGUUUGUUUUUGUUUGUUUGUUUGUGUUUUCUACCAUGAUUUUCAAGGAAGCCAAAGCAGGUGGUGUCUGUGUGAACCCAACAGAACACUGUUUUCAAGGAACUGUGUCACUCAUGAGCCCUGUAGGUCUGGUCUUCUAGGAAGUUCCACUACUAUGGCCCCUACUCCUCACAGACACAAAGUUAAUGCCACAGAAAGAAGAAAUCAGCAGGAGGUAGAAUGGGUGCGUGAAAGUUCCUGAAAACUAACACUGUUGGUGUGUUUUUUUAACUCAAUAUUUUCCAUGAAAAUGCAACAACAUGUAUAAUAUUUUUAAUUAAAUAAAACCUUUUGGUGAUCGCGUUA